AUGAAGGAAGGUACUCCAAAUCACGUCCACGAUGUCAUCAUCGGCCGUGAUAGCAUUGGUGGCACGUGGGACCUGUUCCGCUAUCCUGGCAUCCGAUCUGACACGGAUUUACAUACGUUUGGAUUCGGCUGGCAACCAUGGCAAGAAAAUCGAGCCAUCGCAGAUGGUGAUGCUAUCGCUCGCUAUUUACGCACCACGGCAGAAAUGGAUGGAAUAUACAGCCACAUUCGGUUUCAGCACCACAUAAUCGCGGCCAAUUGGUCAUCGGCGUCGGAGCUCUGGACCUUGGAGGUCGAAGCCAACGGCAGCCGCGUUGAGCUGCAUACCAAGUUUUUGAUUCUGGGGACAGGCUAUUACGACUACAAAGAACCCCUACAAGCUGAGAUCCCGGGUCUAUCUAACUUCCGUGGCGAUCUCGUCCACCCUCAGUUCUGGCCUAAAGAUCUCGACUACUCUGGCAAGCGGGUGGUCAUCAUCGGCAGCGGUGCCACCGCCAUCACCCUGCUGCCCAAUCUAGCUAAGAAGGCAAGCCAUGUAACGAUGCUGCAACGCAGUCCAACAUACAUCAUGUCUAUCGAUAAUACAACUGGCGGUUCAUGGAUACACAAACUUCUCCCUAAGACGUGGGCAUUCCAACUGGAUCGCUGGAUGUUUAUGUGGAUGAUUGUUAUCCUGUACAACUUCUGCCGGCUCUUUCCCGAGCGCUCUCGGGCUUCUUUGGAAGGCGCUGUCGCGAAACAACUUCCCAAAGGAAUUUCCAUGGACCACUUCCGGCCGCUCUACAAGCCUUGGGACCAGCGUGUUUGCUUCUCUCCCAACGGCGACUUCUUUGAGAGUCUCAGAGAGGGCGGGGCGCACGUAGAGACUGCUCACAUCAAGACGGUGACCUCAGACUCUAUAAUCCUCCAUAAUGGAAAAACACUGGAAGCGGAUAUAAUUGUCACCGCCACGGGCCUAAAGUUUUGCGUUGGUGGUCAUAUUCGCGUCACUAUGGAUGACGAAGAGAUCAACCUCGCUGACCGCUAUGCCUGGAACUCAACGAUGUUACAAGAUGUACCGAAUUUGGCUUUUAUGAUGGGCUAUGUCAAUGCCUCUUGGACCUUGGGAGUUGAAACAAGCUCCCGGCUUGUUUGCCGCCUUCUACAGCACAUGCGGAGGAAGCGCUAUUCCAGCGUUGUUCCGCGUUUGCCCAAGGGAGUUCCCAUGGAGCCUCGGCCGAUUUGGGAUCUUAAUGCUACAUAUGUGAAAAAAGCACAAGGCUUCAUUCCCCGCUGCGGCAAUAUUGGACCUUGGAGAGGACGCACCAACUACUUUGUGGACCUGUGGAAGGCCAGAUAUGGCAGUAUCACCAAGGAUUUAGUGUUCCGGGCAGUGAAGCCGUAG